AAGGAGAGCAGGGGCAGGGGAAUGUUCGCUGAUGUUUCACUGUCCUGUCCUUUGUGAGGUGACAAAGCUUUGACACCAGAGUGCACGUGGAGGGACGUGGGUGCUCGCUGCUAACAGUGUGGAUGAUCAUUUACUGUGCGUGGCUGUAACAGCCCACAGAGAGAUGAGUCACAGCGGAGAGAAGAACAUGUUUCCAUAAGGACCCACCGAGUAAACUCUGAGUGUCUGUGAAGCUGCAGAGGACAGCGCUGCAGCCAGAUGAUGCUCUAAGUGCACACACCCAUCUCCAGACUGCAGGCAGCUUCUCUGAUCAGUGUCGUGUCGCUUCGCUCGAAGAUGAACUCAACCAACCGCAGCUGUCCCAGCAGCGACGACCUGCGCACCUACCAGCACUAUGUGUAUGCAGUGGUUUACAGUGUGAUCUUAGCUCCAGGGCUGCUAGGUAACGUGUUGGCGCUGUGGUUGUUCCGGGUUUAUGUACGAGAAACUAAGAAGGCUGUGGUGUUCAUGAUGAACCUGGCUGUGGCUGAUCUGCUGCAGGUGCUGUCUCUGCCUCUGCGGAUCUACUAUUACUUGAACAACACGUGGCCCUUUGGUCUUCCUCUCUGCAUGUUCUGCUUCUAUCUGAAGUACGUCAACAUGUACGCCUCCAUCUACUUCUUGGUGUGUGUCAGCGUGCGCCGCUGCGAGCUCAUUAUGCGGCCGCUGAGGUACAACCCGUCCAGGCGGAAAGGCGACUUGUGUGUGUGUGCCGUUGGCUGGCUGUUUGUCUGUCUAAGCUGCCUGGCAUUCCCUCUCCUGAGGAAUCCCGAACUCGCCGUGGAGGCGGGUAAUCCUUUAGCCGCCAGCUCCAGCUCAUCUCAGAGGUCUGACUCCGUUUGUUUCUCAGAGCUGCCCCUGCGGUCCGUCAGUGUCCCCAUAGCCUGGGUCCUCAUGGUCACCGCAGAACUGUUUGGCUUCGUGCUCCCCCUCGUGUUCGUGGUGGCCUGCAGCUGCCUGACCGUCGGGAGCCUUCGGGAGGCCACACCGAGUGCCGUCGCUGACCGGGGGGAGAAGAAGAGGGCACUUAGGAUGGUGCUGAGUUGUGCCGUUGUCUUCUUGGUGUGUUUUGCGCCGUACCACAUCACAAUGCCGCUGGACUUCCUGGUCAAGGCAAACACCCUGAGCAGCUGUGCGGUGAGGGAAAUGAUUCUGAGAUGUCACCCCGUCACUCUGUGCCUGGCCAGCUUGAACUGCAGCCUGGACCCACUCAUUUAUUAUUUCACAACUGAUGAAUUCUGGAGACGAUUGAGCAAACCGGAGAUAAGCGACACUGGACAACAGACGUCCGGCAGCUGUCUGUACUGUGUCACUAAAAGCAGGAACAAUUUGCAGGAUAACUGGACUACAGAAUCGUGUCUUUAAACACUGGUCUGCCCAAAGACCGACGUCUUAAUUUCAACCUCUGAAGCUGAGGUUUUAAAGUAAGACUUGAAACCACAAGAUGCUACAACUUAAACACAAUCUACAAGUAAACAAGGGGUCUUAAACUCAAAUCACACGGGGUCUACUGCCCAUGUUCUCUCCAAGGGAGGUGUCCGAUUCGAUUUUUGGUUUUCAUCAUGCCACCUGUCUACUGCCACAGCGCCACAAAUUAAAAAACGAACAUUAAAAAAAAAAAUGUACUUUGUAUUUCACCUUUAGAGGGACAAGUUACAUGUCAGGUUUAGAAAUGAGUGGAACAGAUAACAGAAUAUUUACAGAGGAAUCCUGCAAAUGGUGAUAGAAGCACCAAAUUCGGCACACAUACUCCUGAGACAUUACUCUUUUGAUAA